CUCGCGCAAAGCGAAGCGACUUGUCCCGUCACUUUUACUUCGUGCCGCUAGAGCUUUCAAGAACGUACUGUAUACACUGUUGCUCAGCGCAGCAGACCAUUGCUGUCUCAAAGCGAUGCCAGGACGCCACGUCCAAGCUACGCAUCCGAUGCCAUUGCCACCUGCCACUCUUUGUAUAAAAAAAACGCACCCACUACUGAAUCUUCGCUAUCCCAUCAGCCGAGCCAACUCUUUGCUUCUGUCGAGCACUGCCGUUUCGAUCGAAAUCGAACCCAGCAAACCGAGCACACACCGUCGCCGCCGUUGGUUCCCCUCCGUUGAUCCACCGAAAGGAUACAGAUGGGCAAGUCCUGGGCGCUCGUCAGCCACCUCCACACCAUCGCCGGGCCGAGCAUUACCCUGCUGUACCCUCUGUACGCGUCGGUGUGCGCGAUGGAGAGCCCGUCCAAGGUGGACGACGAGCAGUGGCUGUCGUACUGGAUCAUCUACUCCUUCAUCACGCUGCUGGAGAUGCUCGCCGAGCCGCUCCUCUACUGGAUCCCCGUGUGGUACCCCGUGAAGCUGCUCUUCGUCGCCUGGCUCGUGCUGCCGCAGUUCAAGGGCGCAUCCUUCAUCUACGAGAAGCUCGUCAGGGAGCAGCUCAGCAAGUACCGCGCCAGGUACCCGCGCAAGGGCAAGGGCGGCGGUGGCGCCGCCGCCGCCGCCGACGUCGACGACGACCACAAGGUGCACAUAGCCAAGGCUGAGCACGACCAUGUGCAGUGAAAGUGCAAAGACGACGACGGGAGCUGACGAGAGAUCAGAUGAACUGCUGUAGUCUGUAGAUUUGGUGCUGUUCAUGAUGUAUCCUUCCUAGAUAUCUCUGCUGCUCUUGUAGAUGUACACUGCAACUCCGAUGGAGCAUACUGUAUCUGAAGUUCUGAACUGUGUGUACGUUUUUUUUUAAAAAAAAAGAACCGGAUGGCCGGUCUUGGAUUAAUAAGAUAGAAGGAGUUUACAACCUAGCGCACGAGUGGUGCGGCCCCACACUGUGGCAGACCGCCGCAGGAGGUUUAGAGAGCUAAACUAAUUACUCAUAGUGUUCUUUUCAACAAAGAGAGGUCCGAGGACCUUCCCACCAGCCAAUUUCCAAGAGAGGGCUUCCUCUUUGAUACGUGAGCAAACCUGCGCCGGCGUGCUGAUCUCGUUUCUGAAGAUGGUGGCGUUUUGCUGAUUCCAGAUGCACCACGCUGUGAGGAUCGCCAGGGUGUGGGCUGUUUUGUUUCCUUGCUCGAUCAUCUUCAGGAACCAUUCCUCGACAUCCGCCGUUGUACCCUAUUGCACCGGCUGCAGGUUCCCACAGUUGCUCCAGUCGGCUACCUGCUCCCAGACACAGCAAGAGAAGGGACACUCGACAAACAGAUGCAUAGCAGUUUCCAGAUUCCGGAUGCAAAGGCCACAGAAAUAGUUGUUUUCCCAACCACGCACUUGCAGUCUCGCUGCUGUCCAUAGCCGGUCCUGGAGUAGCAACCAUAGGAAGAAUUUACAUUUCGGUGGUGCCCACGCCUUCCAUACUAGCUUUGGGGAGUUGGAGAGUAUACUGCCACUGAACUGAAUGUUAUAAGCAGACUUGGCGGUGUAUUUCCCACUAGACUCCAAUUUCCAGUGGAUUUGGUCCUCCUCUGUGGUGUUCAAGUUGAGGUGCAAGGAUCGCGAAAUGCUUCUGUAAGAACGAUAAGAUGUAGACAAGCUAAGUGCCUGGGCUCCUUGAGUAAAAUUUCUUGCCGAGUGUAUGUAGUUCACAGUUCACAC